AUGCCCCCCAGAUUACCGUUUCUUUCGGCCGUCAAGGCCCCGGGUGUCUUCAUGUCCCGGAUUGCGCGACCCUUUUCAUCCACUUCUGCCAACACCCAGUCCGCUGACCCGAUCUCGAAUCUCCUGGAUCUUGACGAAAAGCCCCAGGUGCACUCGACCGAACGUAUCCGUGGCAUCAUCAACCAGGGCGGCAAGGCGCGCAUCGAGGGAGUUGCCGCCCGCAAGCGCACCAUGGUCGAAUCUCUCCGCGAGAGGAAGAUCAGCGACGACUACAUCAAGCAGAUGCCGCGUCGCUGGCGCGCUGGUGAAGUCUACGCGCCUCACGACCUGAGUUCCGUUGAGGUGGAAAAGUGGCGCAAGUCGAAGCGGCCCAAUGUCGAUGUCAUCGACCUCCUGGGCAUCAACCCCCUGGACCAUUACAGAAAUUUCUCCAUGGUUUCCGAGUAUAUGACUUCGUUUGGACAGAUUGAGCACUCGAAGAACACGGGUCUGCGGCCAGUGAACCAGAGAAAGAUGGCGAAGGCCAUCAGGAGAGCGAUUGGCAUGGGUAUCCACCCCAGUGUGCACCAUCACCCCGAGCUGUUGAAGAGGAAAUUCCGCCUCAAUGCAUCAUGGAAAUAG